AUGCUUAGAUCGGCUUUAAGAACAGCCAAGCCCACUUCGUUCAUUAGAAGCAUGGCAUCCAAGACACCCAAAACCUAUGAAUUUGACGACAUCAAAUCCCUUGUUCAAACACCAGAUGCGCAAAAGCUUCUGAUCGACGUAAGAGAACCUAGCGAGCUACAAGAAUAUUCUAUGCCGACUGCCAUUAAUCUUCCUUUGAAAUCUGCCCCAGGGGCUUUGGGAUUGUCUGCAGAGGAGUUUCGAGAAGUCUUUGACGUGCCGAAACCUGCAUCAGAAAAGGAACUCAUCUUUUUCUGUGCGGCUGGGAUCAGGGCCAAGGCUGCCGAAGAGCUUGCCCAAUCAUUUGGCUACGAGAACACCGCUAUUUAUCCAGGAUCCAUCCAUGAUUGGCUAGAUAAGGGUGGUGCUAAAGUCAAGAAUUCCGCCUGA